UGAGGACAGAUUAUGAUUAUUAUUAUUAUUAUUAUUAUUAUUAUUAUUAUUAUUAUUAUUAUUAUUAUGAUUAUUAUUAUUACUAUUAUAAUUACAAUCAUUAUUAUAUUAUUACUGCUAUUACUACUAUUACGAAUGACGACGAGUAUAGUUUUUAUUGUCUUAUAAACGUAAACGGAAUACAAUGUAGCGGAGUUGUUUGUUUUUUCUCUCUCUCUCUCUCUCUCUCUCUCUCUCUUUCUUUUCUAAUACGCCUGCUAAAUUAUUAUUCUCGCAUGUAAUUAUAUAUAUAUAUAGAGACAUUCCAUACUGAUUUCUUCUUGUUCAGUAUUGUUUCUCUCUCUCUCUCUCUCUCUCUAUUUCUUCUAUUUUCUUUUUUUAUCUUUUUAUCUUUUUCACCUCCAAGACGAGAAUACGGGAGAGAAAAUCGCGGAAGUGAAACACUCGGUUCUUCUGAUUUCCGUGGACCGAAAAUAUCCAUAGGAAAGAAGCGAUGAUCUCGCAACGAAGUUUUCACGUCCCACGCAACAACAACCAGCUGUGUGUCGUUCCUUCCACGCAUUUCUAUUUCCCACGCGUAUGUAUCGCGCGUGUUAUGUAAACUUUUUUUUUUCUUCUUCUUAUUUCUCUCAUUCUCGCUCCCCGCGUUUAUUAUCGGUUUAUACACCUCUCCUUCUUUCGCACCUCGAGCGGAACGUAGAUUUUUUUUCUUUUCUUUUUUCUUUUUUUUUUUCUUUUUUUUCAGACAGAAAAACUUUUCAAACGACUUGCGAAACGACUGCGUACUCGUACGAACGAACGAUUGAAAAGAUUGGAUAUAAAUCGUGAGAAAUUCUUUCUCAUCCCUCGAUAGAAAAGAAAAUAUAUAUAUAUAUAUAUAUAUAUAUUAUAUACGUUCGUCAAGUGAAGAAUUUUAAAAGAUCGAUGAACAAACGAAAGAAAAAAAAGAGAAAUAUUCUCUAUAAAUUGGAAAAUCUUCGGUCAUUACUCGACUGGAAGGAUGAUUUUUUUUCUUUCUUUCUUUCUUUUUUUUUUUUUUAAAUCAACGAAUAUGGAAGUUACAAAAUCUUCUCUUUCUCUCUCCUUUCGAUAGAAUCUGGAUCAGAAUUGCGGAGAACGAUCCAAUUCUUCUCCAAAAUUGCGUGCGAUUGGAACAUGCGGCGGAAUAUUCGUUCAACGAGCGAACGAACGAUGCGAGAACUUGGCGGAAGUUGACCUGAGCCCCCCCACCCCCUCCCCAAAGAUAGAUAUGCGUAAUAAUAAAAUCUAUGAAAGGAAAAAAAUUCUGCGGAGAGGAAAAAAAAAAAAAGAAAAAGAUCCUUCGAAGAGAGGGAUUCUCGAACGCCUGUUGUCCUCUGUUGUCGAUCUCGCUUUCAUCUCGGAUCUUCUUCGGCCACGAUUCACGAGAAAGAAAAAAAA